AUGUUCCGACUUAGCCUUCUUACCUCAACCAUCCAGUACUCAGAGCCCGGCCUUGAGGUUGCCUCGUCCAGCGCAUCCGUUAAGGGACUCCUCUCGAAAAUGGUGCAAGCAAGAAUGGCCACCGAGGCCGACGUCGAGGCUAUUUCUCGCAUCUGCAGCGCAAGCUGGCGUUUCACCUACUCGAACCUGCUCAGCAGCCAAGUGAUAGAGGCCGUCAUCGCCAAAUACUAUACGCCCGAUCGCAUCAGGUCAGAGAUUGCGUCUGCAAUGCCUCAUUGGUCAGGCUACAUGGUCGUCGAGGACGUUCAAGGCCAUAUUGCAGCCGUCGGAGGCGGUGGCUUGUCCAGUCCAACCACGGGUGAGCUCUACGUGCUCUACGCAGACCCGCAUCUUCGGGGCAAGGGUUUUGGAAGUGCCAUUCUCGAGUUGCUCACUACCCAGCAAGUUGCCGCAGGUGCUUCCGAGCAGUACGUCGCUGUGCAAAAAGGCAACAACCUCGGUAUUCCCUUUUACCUCGCCCGUGGUUUUGUCGUCGUAGAAGACAAGCCAUCCUGGGACGAGAUUCUAUCAAAAGAGGGCGUCCGUAGCUUGAGGAUGCGUCGAUCCAUUGGUUCAUCUGGCCAAGUAGCGGCCCAAACUCCAUCAGAUUAA